AUGCGAGCAGCGGCUCCAGGGGGGCUCCGCUCCCCGCCGCUGGCUCUGCUGGCAGCCGGCUGCUUUGUGCGAGUGCUGCUGCUGCUCCCAGCCCGGGCCUCCCCGGCUGCAGACGCCCCUCGCCUCGGGCAGCAUCCUCCCCAUUGCAGAGACGGCGCUGGGAGGCAGCGUUUGCCCGCGAGCCGCCCGGUGCUCGGAGAUCCCCCUCCUCUCGGGGCCGGGCGCGAGGUCUCGGCGGCCCUUGCCGCUGGCUCGCGCUUUCCUUCCCCCGAGGAGUCAGCCCGCGGCCGGGCUCCCCGCCUCCCGAGCGGCGGAUGGUGCCGCCAGACGGCAGCCCAGGUUGUUACAGAUAAACUGCGGAUUCAAAAAAAGAGAGACUGCUUCGGUAUGACAGCUGUAGAAUUACUGGGACCAGAAUUAAAGGGAACAGAUGAAGACUAUGAUCUGCUUUUGACUUCUGCAGCACCAGAUAUUUACGGGAUCCAUUCACUGUUUGCCUUGAUCCCCUCAUGGACAAAGAAGAUUUUGUUCAAACGAGAGUCUACCAUUAACCAGCAGCUGCUGGAAGAUGUGCCAAGAAUUUCAGUGUCUUCUGGGUAUGGAAUAACUCUUCAGAAAUGUGCAGUGGUGGCUACUCAACAUGGUCUCCAAACCGCAUAUGUAAGACUUCUGAUAAAUAAUACCAACACACCAUCUGCAUCCAAUGUCACAGAUCUCAUUCUGCUGGACAAUAUUACUGGCCUCCAUGUUCAAGGAACCAGUGGUAAUAAGACUACAGAUGGGUUCCAGAUAUAUAAGAGAGGAUUCCUGAAAGUUGGAGAAUACUACUCAGUCCACUACAUUGCAUUUCUUGAUGCAAAAGAAACCUGGGAUGGCAGAGUCUUGACACUGCCUGCUAAACUGACCUUCAACAGUUCAUCACUGAACAAAAUACAGCAUAGUUUGACUGCAUCAUUCACCAUAACAGGAGAGGAAAAGACUAAGAUUUUGUACAGCCAUGGCAUCCAUGCUUCAGGAUUCUUCGUUGCUUUUGUUAUUUCUCUUGUAUUAACAUGUGUUGCAUUUUUUGCUGUUUACAAAACUAGAAGAUUAAAAUGGAGUUUCCUCAAUAAAAACCAGGAGAUACGAUAUGAUCCUACUCUAGAUCGCAAACUGGAAUAUUCACAGUUGAAUUCGGGAGAUCCAUUUAAUGAAGAUAUCAUUAUGAAUGACCAAAUCAUUGAGAUACUGGCUUUUGAAGACUCAGGGAACAUGCUUCAAGCUUUAGAAGACUUGGAGGUAGCAAACCUGACUCGUGCAGAUGCUGAUCUGGAAGCCUAUCGAAUGCAGAUGUGCAAAGAGGCGAUUGCUAUGUUGAUGAAGAACAUGGUUUUCAGACACAAUGUCUCUCCUAAUGUGGAGAAAAGGAUGGGUUCAAUUUUCAAAAAACAAUUUUUUGCAAUGGAGAAUGAAGUUCAGGAGGAAUAUACAAGAAAGAUGGUGGCUUUAACUGCCGAAUGUAAUCUAGAGACUAGGAAAGAAAUGGAGGUUCAGCACCAACGAGAGAGAGCCGCAAAUGAUGAGGCUGAAGAAUUAAUUAAGCGACUGAAUGAGAAGGUAAAUCAGUCUGCUAUAGAAUACAGAUGUCUUCUGGAAAAAAUUCACAAACUUGAGCAGAGCCACAUGAAGAGGUUCCUUUUGGUGAGGCAGGAGGAGUACUUUGCGAAAGCUUAUCGACAACUGGCUAUUUUCCAGAGAACAGAGCUCCAUAAUAUCUUUUUUACACAGAUAAAAAAUGCCAUUUUCAAGGGAGAAUUGAAGUUAGAAGCAGCCAAAGCAUUAGUGCAGGAUUACUCUAAAAUACAGGUGGACAUUGAAGAGCUAAUGGAUUUUUUGCAGGCUAAUAAGAAGUAUCAUCUGAGUAAAAGAUUUGCUUACAGAGAGUGCCUAAUAAAUAAUAUACAUUUAUGGGAUUCUCAAGCCUCCUCUCUCUUGAACACAGCAGCAAGCCAGAUAACAAGUCUCAUUAACAAGAUGGAAAGAGCUGGUCAUUUGUCUGAAAAUCAUUUGGGACCACUUCUAGAUCAAGCUCAGGCAGAAGUUCAUUCUGUUAAACAGAAGUUGGAUCAUAAUUUAAAACAGGAAAAGCAAAGGCUUCACCAGAAACUCGUUACUAAGAGAAGACGAGAAAUGUUGCAAAAGCAGAAAGAACAAAGAAAGGAGCAGAUGUCGAUAGGAGACACUUUCAAAACCACUAAAGAGGUUAGCCACUACUUGAACCACUGGCAAAACCUCCUGACCGAACAUGCUGUUGAAUUUGAAGAGCUUAUUGAAAAGCUUGAUAAUGAUGCCGGUGAAGAAAUAAAAGUGCUUAGAUUUACUUUGACAGAGAAAGCUAUUGAAGAACUUAAACGCAUUCAGUAUGGAGUAAUCAGUCAAGAACUUUUAAAACUGAGUGUGCCAAAGCCGUUCCUGCAACAAAUUGUUGAGGAGCAUAAAAAGGAAAUUGCUAUUCAAACUGAACAGCUUGAAAAAGAAGAACAUGACAAAAAUAUGGCCACAGGGGAAUGGCUUGAGAAUACCAGGCAAAAACUGAGCCAAGAGCUGGAACAGAGCAUUGCAGAACAAAAAAAACUAAGGAGUUGGGAACAGUUAGUAUUCAUGAGACUUUUAAGUUUGCCCCUUUCGUUAUCUGAAGAGGAAUUGCUUAGAAUGAGGCAAGAGAUCCAUUGCUGCUAUUCUCAGAUGGACAAUAACUUAGCUUUGCCCAAGAUUCGGAGAAGAGCUUUGCUUCAGGCGUAUCAGUCAGCGUGGAGGGAAGCGGAGCUGCUGAAAGUGGAUCAGAACUUAGCAGUAUCCGACAAACAGCCACAGCCCAAGAUCAAAAAACAACGAUCCAAGAAUAGAAAUAAGAUAGAUGUUCUGAAAAAAUCUUUGGAGGAUAAAAUUCACAUCUAUGACGAACCGAUUACAGAUGAAAAUUUGAGCAAGGUCCAUAAUGAGCUGCUGCUUGAAAAGGAGCAUCAGUUGCAUUCUCGGGAGAAUAAACUUGGAGAGUCCAUUGCUGCUGUACAGUUCCAAAAGACUGAUAAGAAGUCCAGAACAUUGGAGAUUUACACUGCUAUCAUAAGUGUACAAGCUUUGCUUCUGGAAGAAUUGAGCACAUCAAAAAUACUGUCAGAAUCAGAAUGUACCCAGAUUUUAGAGGCACAUAGUCCUGAGAUUGAAGAACUUGACAGAAAGUUGGAAUAUGAAAUGUUACAUAAGGAGACGGCUCAGCAGCAGCAUCUAUUGAACAGGCAGAGAUGGACUUCAGACGGAUUGGGAUUUUCAGAUGAAGUUGUGGAAAUGAAUGCAGAGAGACAGGUGUCUGCUCUGCUGUAUCAGGCAUUGAAUAAGUGUAAGCAAUUAGUAAAUCUUCAUCGGCAAAGCUUACGAGAAGAGCAAUGGAAUGAUGUUGUGCUUGAAGAUCUUCUGGAGACUAUAGAAAUGGAUACAUUUUUGGCACUUUACAGCCAGGAGCUCCAAUUGGCAGCUUAUUUAACCAGACUGACAAUGGUACCGGUGGGGAUGUUGCACAGACUGCUGAACUUACUGCUGCCUUCGAGUUCACAGACUGAGCUUCUUUCUGUUCUGGAUUCAAUCAGUGACAAAUAUUCAGACAGUGUUAUUGAAAGUGACAUCAACGGGGAGGAAGCUGACAGCUGUAGAAAGAGGAAGCACCAAGGGUCAUGGCAAGCAUUAGAGAGCAAAGUAAGGCAGGAUCUGAUAAGCAAAGGCUUGGAAAAGAUGCAUUCUGCAAACAGGAGAAAAGAAAGCCUGCUAAAGAAGAAGCAACUUGCACUCAUGGAAAGAGCAUCAUUCUCUCAUCUCGGAUGUUUGUCUAGACACCCUCCUGUGGAACCUUCUGGCCAGCCUGAUUCAUUGAACACUUCUGCUGCAGAAGCCAUUGAGCUAUUAGACACAGGGGAGAAGAUAUUUCUGUUCCGUGAUCAAAGGGAUCCCAUACUUGCUUUGCAUAGUUCUCCAAGAAAAAAGAAAAAGAACUUCCUAAAUUCCAAAAAGGCUGCAUGGGCAAACACAGGCUAAUGAGGUGGAUAGCCAUUCAGUGCAUCAAUUAGUGAGACGAAGGUUAUUUCCAAAUAA